AUGCUCAAGCAGAAAGACUUCCUCACCUAUCCUCCCGGUACCCGCAUCGCUCCAGAGGAGGCUGACGAGGAUACGAAGAGGCUCGCCGUCUUUGGCGAGUGGCAGCGGUUCUACUUCGAACCAGCUCUCGAGAAGCUAGGAACCAACGGCUUCUCCAGAAGAGCAGCGCGGAGAGUGCUGCACCUUUCGUACGAUUUUUUGCAGUUCGAGGAGGUGAUGAAGCGGCAGAGGUUCUACCUCCCUUUGCAGGCGGAGCAGCAGCUGCGCGAUACGACCAUCCAGAUGUUGACCGUCGCGGGCAAGUACUGGGCCGACUACUACAACAAGCUGGAGAGGGGCUGUCUGGAAGGGCCAUUGGUCGCUAUAGGACCAGAUGACAUGCCUGCAGCGUUGGGCCGGUUUACCAAAAUGAAGCUCGACGCAUUCACUUUGUGGGCGCGCCUGACGCUAGCUGCAAGAUACCCAAGAUACUGGCUGAUUCUCCGAAUAGCGUUGUUCCAUUACUUCCGCGAUGAAGGGAUUUGGCCUUCUGCAAACUUCCGCGACGUGCAUCGUUGGAGGGACCGCUUCUACGUUAUGGAGCGCUGCCUUUGGCCCGACUUUAGGAACCACAAAUUUAUGAAGGACCCCGUCACUAAAGGAGGAGCUGUUGGACGACAUAAUGCGAAGCUAUUCUCCAAAGCGUGCGCCAUGCUCGACACCGAGGCCAUCAUUUCGUGCCUUGUUAGCAACGUUACUUCGCUCGUCGAUGACUGCCCGUGCUGGGCAGAAAUUGACGAUGCUGGCGCCGUGCAAGCAGUCUGGGCAUUCUUGGAGAUGCUCAAUCCGCGAUUUUAA